AUGAGUCAAGCCCGAGGCCGAGGCGGAACUCCUACCAGGCCCGAGUACGUCAAGGAGUCACAGAAUGGCGAGGCGCCGUCACCCAGGUUCGGACACACCACAACAUUUGUGGGAGACAACCGGGUUGUUCUCUUUGGUGGUGCCACAGGGGAUUCAGGCCGCUAUACCAUCACUGCGGAUGCUUUCAUGCUCAACGUGCACACCAACACUUGGUCGCGUGUUCAGGCAGGAGGAACCUUGCCCUUUGCCCGUGCGGCCCAUGCGGCAGCAUGCGUAGACCACUCACAGAUGGUGAUUUAUGGUGGGGCAACAGGGGGUGGCAGUCUGUCGUCUGACGAGCUAUACCUCUUAGACAUCCGCAACGAGGAAAGCUCUCAGUGGAUGUCUGUUCCCGUGAUGGGAACUACCCCGGGCCGAAGAUACGGCCACACCAUGAUUUUCAACAAGCCGCUGCUCAUCGUCUUCGGCGGGAACAAUGGCCAGCAGGCCGAGUGCGAUAUAUGGAUAUUGGACGUGGAGCGUUCGCCAUUUCAGUGGCAGGAGGUGGCCGUCAUGGGAAAGCGUGGGCCCUUGCCACGCGUCUACCAUUCGGCAGAGGUGUGUCGUGAAGGGCCUGCUGCUGGCAUGAUGGUCGUGUUUGGUGGCCGGACUGCCGAGAACAAAUCCCUGAAGGACACCUGGGGUCUGCGACAACAUCGGGAUGGCCGUUGGGAUUGGGUGGAGGCUCCCGCAAAGCGUGGUGCUCCCCCGGAGCCUAGGUUUCAGCAUUCCUGCAUUUUCCUGGAUUCCAAGCUCUUGAUCGUCGGCGGGCGCGGGCCAGAGGUCAACAAGAUUUUGCCCACCGCAGUCUAUGACACGGAGACCUGCGAAUGGCACAACCUCUGUAGCCUUCAGAGAUUCCGGCACUCUUCUUGGGGUAUGGGAAGCCUCCUCUUUUCCUACGGGGGCUUCGAUCACAAAAAUCCGUCUGCUCCGACGUCGGAUUUGCAGGUCAUGGAUAUUGAAGUUGCCAUCACGGCGUCCCAAAGUGGUGUUGUUCCGAAGGGCGAGGAGGCAGAAACCGCGGAGACUGGCUUGGAGGCUCUCUCCGCAGCUCCCGCCGGCACGCUGGACCUCGUCCCUCCGACCUACCCAG